AUGGCGGGUGUGGUUCCAACCGAAAUGUCCGCCAAUAGUCCAAGACGUACCGCCCAAUUCGCACGCAAUGCUCAAGGUGGUGCAAAUACGGAAAUGAAGACCGGAAUACUUCAACUUGUUUAUGCAAACCCAUUCACCGGAAUGGAUCAUGAAGACCCUUUUGCACAUCUCACCAAAUUUUAUGAGAUAGCGGGUUCAACGGGAGUUGAUGCGGCAAAUGAAGAAUCAUUGUUCAAGAGACUAUUUCCACAUUCAUUAGUGGGGAAAUCCAAAGAGUGGUAUCUUGAUCAACCACCAAACGUGAUGACGGAUUGGAAUCUAUUGGAAGAGAAGUUUUUAGAGAGAUUUUUUCCUCAAUCCCGAUUCAUGGAAGCCAAAACGGCAAUUGCGGUUUUCACUCAAGGAGGCAACGAAUCCUUAAAUGAGGCUUGGGAAAGAUUUAAAUCCAUGCUUAGAAAAUGCAAGGGUCAUGGUGCGGAGGAUGCAACAAUGAUAAUCGAUCGCAUGGCACUCAAUGAUCUCCAAACUCAACACGAUAGGAGUCCAUCACAAAGGAAGCCGGGAGUUCUUGAAUUAAACACCAAUGAUGCUAUCCUCGCUCAAAACAAAAUCCUUUCUCAACAAGUCGAGUUACUCACCAAGCAAAUGUCAAAGCUCCCACAACAAAUGAAGGAGAUUCAUGAAAUGCAAAUGACUUCUCAAGUAGCAAGUUGUGAACUUUGCAAAGGUGAUCACCCUACCGGCUUUUGUCCACCACCCGAAGGAGAGGAAGUUAAUUUUGUGAACAACCAACAUCAAGGCUAUCAAAGGCAACCUCCGUACCAACAUCAAGGUUAUCAAAGGAACAACCAAGGUUUCCAACCCUCAAGAUUCAACAACCAACACAAUCAACAUCAAAGUCCAUAUCAAAGUCCGAAUCCACAAGGCCAAGGUCAACAAUCUCAAGGAGGAGGCUCAAAGUUGGAAGAUACACUCAACCAAUUCAUGCAAGUUUCUAUGGAGAACCAAAAGACUAAUGUGGCUGCCAUAAAGAACUUAGAAAAUCAAGUGGGGCAGCUUGCAAAACAAUUGGCCGAACAACAAACGGGACCUUCUUUUUCCGCAAACACUCAACCUAACCCAAAGGAGUAUUGCAAGGCAAUUAUUACACGGAGUGGCAAGGAAGUGAGUAAUGGGGAGAGAAAGGAAAUAGUAGUGGAGGAUGAUGGAUUUGUUGUUGUUGAGGGUGAGGAGGAUGAGAUAGUGGUAGAAGAAGAAAAAAGAAAAGAAGAGGAGGAGUGCUAUAAUCCAAAGAAAUCUCCCAAGGAAGGAAUCCGAUCCGGGACGAGUCAUCUUGCCGGUUACCAUCGGAGACACUUACAUCGGGAAUGGUCUCAUUGA